CAUGGCGUCGCAGCGUGUGUCGAUUUUCAGCUUGACAGUACUGGUGCUGGCACCCACAGUGUAUGCUGCAUCAAUCGGCAUCAAAAGCGGCACUGCCCUGAAAGCCAACAUCGGAGCAGGUGAAGACCGUGGCCUGCAAAUGAGUGUCGGCUCAGGCCUGAAAGCGAAUAUCGGCGCAGAUGGAGGCGAGGGCAUGAAAGCGAGUGUUGGCUCAAGCUUCAAAGCGAACUUUGGCACAGGCACUGGCCAGAGCCUGAAAUCUAAUAUUGGCUCAGGCCUCAAAAAGAACAUGAGCACGAGAGGAGGCCAAGGCAUGAAAGCGAAUAUUGGCUCAGGCCUCAAAAAGAACAUCGUCAUAGGAGGAGGCCAAGGCAUGAAAGCGAAUAUUGGCUCAGGUCUCAAAAAGAACGUUGGUGCAAAAGGAGGUCUGGUCAUGAAAGUGAAGAAAGGGACAGCACUGAAUGUGAACAUCGGCACGAGUGGAGGGCAGGCCUUAAAAGCAGGUGUUGUGUCAGGCAUGAAAGUUAGUGUAGGUGAGGGUGCACUUGCAAUACAUAAUAUCGUGUCUGCCUUGCCACAGUUGCUUAGAGCGAGGGGCAGGCAUUUCUUCCAAGUGCUUUUGAGAGUUGUUCCUGUCUCUGUCAAUCUGCACGCAGUCAUCAAAACAGAAGGGCCGGUCAGUCCUGAACAUGUAAAUAAGCAACUUGUUGAGUUUUCUUCACAUCUCAAGAAGAUGGUGCAGACAAACGUAUUGCCGAAUGAAAAGGCCAUUCUUUUGCUGAAACAAACUGUAAGAGAACUGAAGGCGGUACUCGAAGGGAAGCUCGAUACUAAAUUAAUCAAAUGUCCAUGCAUUAGUUGGUGAAUGGAAACUACUUUUCAGCAAAGCCUUGAGAAGAAUAAAGCCAGUGUCAUGCCAUACCAUACACGUGCUACUCAAAUAAAAAAAGACUAAAUGACAAAUGCAUAGACGCUAUCUCAUCCUCAAAAGCUGUAAAAAUUGUAAAAUUAUAGUUUGGUAGGGAUUUUUUAGUGUUUUGUACAUUUGUCAAAGUCGACACAGAUGUUUUGAAAUUAAACAUUUUUGACUUGAGCUAUAUUGUCAAUGAACUAUCUCUGUCACAAGUGAAAUGUUUAUAUAUACGCAACCGGUUUACGGACAAUGCAUUCUAAUUUAUAUUUCGACAUCGUAUCGCUUGUGCCAAUAGAUGUGGAAAAUAAACUUUUUUUAUAGUUA